AUGCCAUGGCUGAGCAGUACCUCUGCCCACACGACGAGUGGAGCCAGCCAGCCAGGCGUGCGUGUGGAGCUGGCGUACGGCUCCAGGCAUGGGCGAGAGCCCACGCUUGUCUGGUUUGUCCAGCUGGUGCUGGCAGCCCUCAACCACCCCAGCUUUAACUCCAUCCGGCACAACCUCUCCCUGCACACCCGGUUCAUCCGUGUGCAGAAUGAGGGCACUGGCAAGAGCUCCUGGUGGAUGCUGAACCCCGAGGGUGGUAAGACAGGAAAGACACCCCGCAGGCGGGCAGUCUCAAUGGACAACAACAGCAAGUUCCUGCGGAUCAAGGGGAAGGCCAGCAAGAAAAAGCAGCUGCAGGUGACGCAGGAGCGUGGGGAGGACAGCCCUUCCUCCCAGCAGGCUAAGUGGUCAGAGAGUCCUGCUUCCCAUGCCAGCGAUGAGUAUGAUGCUUGGGCGGACUUCCGGACACGGGCCAACUCCUCAGCCAGUACGCUGAGCGGGCGUCUCUCACCCAUCAUGUCCAACCAUGAGCCAGAUGAGUUGGAAGAAGAUGAUGGUACCCCAUCCUCUCCUCUGAUGUACCCCAGUCCCUCCAGCACCAUGUCUCCUUCCCUGAACGCCCGUUGCUCUGUGGAGCUGCCCCGGCUGACCGACCUGACUGGCACCAUCAGCCUGAAUGAGAGCCUCGGGGAGAGCUUACUCGAUGACUUGCAGGAUGGUUAUAACAUGAGCCCUUCACAACAGCUCCCCCCAGCCGCCCUGCGGCAGCGAAGCUCCAGUUUCACCUUCAACUCCAAGUGCUCCACCAUAGGGGCUGCCACCAACACAUACUGUGGGACUAUCUACAGCCAGCCGGCCAUGGACCUCAUGCGCCGCCUGCCCAUGCAGACCAUCCAGGAGAAUCUCUCCUCCAUCUCCUACGCGCACAAGGAGAGCAUGGUCCAGGGGGACCUGCCUCUGCCACAGGCCAGCCCCAUGGUGCCGGCCCGCGGCCACAGACAGAACCCACUCCUGUGCGGGAGUGGGGAGCAGGGCUUGUCCUCCUACCCGGCCCACUCGGCCUCUCUCAUGAAGAGCAACACUUUGUACCACCCGUCACCAGCCAGUCACCACCCUGCGGUCAACACCAGUGCCUUAGCUAAUCCUGUCAGCCUUAUGAGCUUGCCCAGUGACACAUGCAGCAUGACAACCAUGCCGCACCAUGGGCAUCUGCAUUCCUACGCUAAUAACCAAGGGGCACACAUGAGCUUGCUGGAUUCACUGCAGGGCCCCUACCCAGGGGCUGUCCAUCCCCCUGUGUUGGGCCAAGACAGGUUCCCAGCAGACCUGGACCUGGAUAUGUUCAAUGGGAGCUUGGAGUGUGACGUGGAGUCAAUUAUCCUGAAUGACUUUAUGGACAGCGAUGAGAUGGACUUCAACUUCGACUCAGCUCUUCCACCACAGAACGCACUCAACAUGCCCACACUGCCUGGGGGCCCGCAGCCCACUAAUCAGAGCUGGGUACCUGGGUGAUACACGCCCAGACACUCGCCACCGAGAAGUCACAAGGGGAACAUUGAAACUAACUUUUUUUUUCCUUUCUCUUCUGCCUUUAUUUGUUAAGAUGGGCUAGAGCCAUCUGUUUAAACUUGAGAUCAACACUAAACACAAACCAUAGGGUCAAACAUUGAUACAGGUGUAGGGUUUGGCCCCAGCCCCUAGCCAGCCAGAUGGGAAUGGCUGGGCAUACCAUGAAGCUAGUGCCCGAUCUGCUGGGGUCCGCUGCCCUGUCAGGUCAUCCUACUAGUGCUCACUGGAGGAAGCAGGGUGAGCAGGUGGGAGAGGCAGCUGAAACCAUGCGUGGUUCCCCAGGGCAUGCAUGGGGGAGCAGGAAGGACAAGCCUUUCCAGACAGUCCAAAUGCCCCACUGUGCUGGUGUUGGUUUGAUUUCUCCUUGUGUCAGUUGUCCUUGGGCUGGGUGACGGAGCGGUGAUGGCUGGAGGUGUAGGACCCCCCUAUGUGGGCAUUGCCAGUGAGCCCCUGUCUGGAAAGAGACCCCUUUGUCUGAGCCACCUCAGGAAAUUAAGUCUCCAAGUGGAAGUGUCAGGAGCAGGAAACCUGCUCCAGGGUAAGGGACUUCAUCACCAUCUAGAUCCUUAUGGGGAUCUGAGCUCUGUGGAGCUCAGCCCUCAGGCUCUUCUGCUCACACACCCAAGCCAUGUCCACUGCAGCAGUUUCCUGCAGUUUGUAUGGCUCUAGACAGGUUUUCUUACCAAAUAGUGAGAAGGUGGGGGGGUUGAUGAUGGAGGGAAGGGUAUGAUCUCUGCAGCAGUAGCAGCUGGGCCAGCAUUUUGGCAGCCAAUGCAUGCACCAGCCUAUUUUAAUGCUAGCCAGUGGCUCUGGAUGCUGGAUGCCAUGGUCACAGGCACGUAUGUCUGCAGGAAAACAGUAGUACCAGGCACUGCCCGCCCAAAGCACAUGUGUGCACACUCUUGCGUGGUACACCGCUCUGCCUGCCCUGGCACACACGCAGGGGCUGUGUGUGGAUGUGGCCCUGCUGGGAGUGACAUGCUGCUAGUCUGCAUCCCCUGUGCCAGAGGCAGGCCAGGGGGACCUCAUAGGGUCGGGGGGGAGGUGUAUUUAUUUGAUUUCAUGCACUCUUUUGCUAUUGAAUUACUACAUUGGAAGAAAGAGUCCAGCUUAGGGAGGGAGGAGUAGAAGGCCCAUGGGCAAUGCAUGUGCCCAUCACAAGUCCCAUCUUGGCUCAGCCCAUGGCUUUGGGUGUUUGGUGCUGGGGCCAUUAACAUAAGUUGGGGGACUAUGAUGUGGAUCAUCCUUGGGAAGGGUGUGUGUGGGUGUGGGUGUGGGUGUGGGUGUGGGUGUAUGUGUGUGUGAGGAGAGAUGUUGUGGCCAGGUCUCUAGAGAGAGCAUAGUGUCUGCCCUACCACUCGUGAGGGAUCCCAGGAUUGCCCGGCCACUGACCCACGCUACUUGCUCCUAUGCUCCAUGUACAGGAUGCAGAGAGGUGCCACAGGGCUCACAGCCAUGGUGGGAGCUCCUGAAGGUCAUUAACUGUUCCAGGAAUGACUCCAGCCCAUAGCCAGCAUGUCUAUUCCUGAGGGCUCACCAUGCUGUACCUGGGCGGGUAGGAGAGCUGGUCAGGGCAGAGAGGCCAGGGAGGAUGUCAGCAAUAGUGAGCCAGGCCUAUGGGCUCUGCAAAUGCCUUGAUUCAUCAGUCCACUAAAGGCCAGUGCCCCAAGGGGACUUGCACCAUGAUUUUAAAUGUAGCCCUGUUGUGUGUUGGGAGCCUAAGCCUGCCCCACACUGUUCUGCAGGGCAGGGAUGAACCACAGCCCUGGGCUCAUGGACCCGUUGCCAUCCUGCACAGCUGAGGUGAGGGCUCCCUGCUCCGGUCUCUGCUCCUGCCUGGUCUUUGGAGUGGAGCAUCCAGGCAAUCUCAUGGGCAGCUGGAGAGGAGCUCCAGGGGCUGGGAGAAAAGGGCUCUGGGAGCUGCUGCUGUAUCCUAUUGGGCUCUCUGCACACAGCCUGCCUUCCUUUUGGGUAUCACAGGCUUUCUCUUAACCCUCCUGACCCUGGAUUGCAGCAAAGGUUAUUCUACUGGAUUGGCAUGUUUCCCGUGCCCAGCUCUUCCUUUACCACUGCAGCAUGACCUUGUGUACCACGGUCGAGGUGAAGAGUCCCACUGAGCCAUAGGGAAAGGGAAGCUGCUCAGGGCUGGGGCAGUGUGGGACCCGCGGGUGGGUACCCUGACACUUCUCUCCUGAUCCAUGCCUGGUAUGUGUCUGUGGCAAAGUGUGACAGAGGAGCCCCAUGUGCCACCACUUUACCCCGGGCACAUGGUGGGCAUAGUCUCUAAAGACAUUCUUACAGGUUAAUUAUGUUUACAUUAUUUGAUCAUGUACAGAAUUUAAUAUAUUCUAUUAUAUAUAAUCUUUCUUGAAUGCUUUUUUAAAAAGGAUUAUUCUUUGGUCAAGAUAAUUACUGCAUUCAUUUUAUACACCACUUAUCGUUUCAGGCAUAUUUAAAUCAUUGGAAACCGAUUACAAUUGCAAGUGGCUAUUUAAUACCUGGCACCCCAGCUCUGCACAUGGGGUGCGAAGCACUGUUAGUGAAGAGAGGUAGGGAGGGCAUAUGAGGCUGCCAUGGGAAAAAGGGUGUUCUGCCCCCCAAACGAGGGAGCAAGGGAAGGUGCCCUGACUCUUCCAAGUAGCUGAUCUUCAGGCACACAUCCAGCAGCACACCAGCAUGCAGGGCAGUGUAGGCAAGUUGGGGCUCACCCAGCUGAUCAGGCUUUUACAGAUGGGUUGACUGGAGGAGCCAGUUUCAGGGCCUCCUUUUCCACCACUGUGGGUCCUCUGCUCCCGGAAUGACAUUUUUACUCCUGUUGCUGGCAGGGAGCUGAGCUCUGACUCCAUGUUGUUUAGGCGCAGGGACCCUCAAAAGUCCCAGUGAGCCCUUUAGUGUCACAGAUAUCAGCCAUCCAUUGAUGUGGAGGGGAAGCCACACCAGCAGUAAGAGAAAGCCCCCCUGUCCCAUGCCUGCCCUACUCCUCCCCGCUCGCCUCACCCUGCCCCGCAGUGUGGUGCACCUGGGCAUCCACCCCCAGGGCACGUCUUAUUGCAAAGGUGUCUUUGUGGUUCGUGACCGUGGGGUUGUCGUGUGUGCGGUGGAAUCGUGUUGGUAAGCGU